AUAUCUCCCACACUUCAGCUAUACGGAAUUUCCAAUCAUCCCAGACCACAAGGAUAACAUGACAUGACAUCCGGAAUCGAUAGUUCCCCUGAGAUCAUCUCUCAGGAUGUCUCCUCCAGUUCAGAGAGACAGAUGUCUCAAGCUGAAAUAAGUGAUUCACGGAUCCCCGCUAGCUCCGCUGUCUGCCUUCCCAACUUUACAGCACUCCACUCGCUAGUACUUCUAGCUGAUUCUGCCCUUCCUCUGGGCUCCUUUGCAUUCAGUAGUGGUCUAGAGUCUUAUCUUGCCCAUCGCACAAACAAGUCAUCAUCUGGUAGCAAUGGAGCUGCGUUCCAUUCAUUUCUGCGUCUAUCGCUCUCAACUCUGGCGAGCACAGCUUUGCCCUAUGUCUUUACGGCAUACCGAAGGCCUUCACGCCUAGAGGAUCUCGAUAACGACAUUGACGCCAGCACUCCAUGUACGGUAGCUCGUCGCGCAAGCAUCGCGCAAGGACGAGCCCUGCUCAGUGUUUGGGAGCGGAGCUUCAAGCCUCACUAUGGCGAAGCAAAGGAUGAGGCGCUGCGACCAGCCAUCGAUGCUCUCAAAGCCUUUCAGUAUAAGUUGCGCAACGCUGUUGAGGAUAUACCGGGUCUAGGGAUCAAUGCACACCUUGCACCGAUCUGGGGAGUUGUCACGAGAGCCAUGGGUCUUUCCUUACAGGACUCAGCAUACAUGUUCCUAUUCUCUCAUGCCAGGACCGUGAUCAGCGCCGGUGUGCGUGCGAGUGUGUUGGGACCUUAUCAGGCACAGCACGUGCUUGCCAUGCCGGAGUUGCAAGAGAUAAUCAGGACAUUGUUAGAAGCGACGUGGAAUACAGAGGUAGAAGAUGCUGGACAGACGAUUCCUGCCAUGGAUCUUUGGAUUGGCAGGCAUGAAAAACUGUACAGUAGGAUAUUUAAUUCAUGACAUCGCAAAUCGAGGAUUGAAUUCUGUCUUG